UCCAGCCUCUGUACUGUGCAGCAGUCUGUGAGAGAAAGGAGAGGGGAGGCAGGAGGGCUUUUUCCUUUUUUCCUCCUUUUCGUUUUUUCUUUUUUUUUUCUGGUCGGUUUUAGUUGGAAAGACAUGAGUCGCAGUUUAUUGAGAAGGGCAGGUAUCCGGCAGAGCCAGCCAAAGUUUUUCACCGUGUAGACGAACGGGAUCUGUGCGUCGCAAAGGGAUUAUAAUCUCAAAAUACCAGCAGCCAUGGAUGUCAGGGGAAACUCGGAGGUGAACGGGUGGUUUGCAGACGAACAUGACUGCCAACAAGAGUUCAAAGGCUGCACCUCGUGCAGCAGGAGGUAAAGCUCCUCGGGACGUCCCUGACAGGUGCCAGUCUACAUCACCGUGUCCUGCUCUCUCUGCCAGCCAGCGGCAGAGCCAGCAGCUGCUCCUCAGCGACAGUGAGAACUCUGGCAAGCAGAGCAGGUACGUCAGAACUGACGGCAGGUUUCUGCUACGUGGUGGAUGGAAUAACAAGACAGCUAGCCUGUGCAGCGGUGCAUCUCUCACAAGCGAGCCUGACUGCCAGGGGCGUCUAACCAAGUCAAAGAGCAUCAGCUGCCUGGAGAACAGGCUUUCCAUCUAUAAGCCUCCAGCUCAAACCAAGUCCUGUCAGGAAAGUCAGGGCGCCCAGGAGCAGAAGGAGAAACAAGGGGAUCUCGCUCCAGGAGAUGGACUUAAUGGUAGGACACUGAGCUGGAGCACGCUCUCAUUGGGACCUUCCUCUUACCAAGGCCACAAACGCGCCCUUUCUCUCACCUCUUCAGCAACAGGUGUCCCCCCUGCCACAAUCCGCAAGAAGAUCUCAGAAUGGGAGUGCAGAAGGGUGUCUCUGCCUAGGAUGAGCUUGUGUCUGGACAAAAGAGGAGGAGGAGAGCGCAUAGGGAGUAGCGAGGGCUGCCCGAGCCUGCUGUCUUCUCCCUGCAGCGAGAAGACUUUUGACUUUAAGGGGGUUCGCAGGAUGAGCACGGCAUUCUCUGAAUGCUCCUUCACAGAGACGGAGGAGGAGGAAGGAUUUCCAGACAAAAAUGGACGUUUCCAGAAAAGGAUCGGCAAGACAGACUCUACGGGACCGUUCGUGCGCUCCCUGUCUACUCGCAAAGAGACGUCAGCGGUCCUCAACAGGAUACAAAAGAUCGAGCAAGCCCUGAAGGAGAAUCCCAGCCCGCCCCCUCCACGUUACCUGAGUAACUGCUACGCGCCGGAUAAGACGAGACAAAAGUCCUUUGUGAUAGGGGACGACCUGGACAGCACAUGUACCAGUAAGCGCAGCAGCAUUUGUUCAGUGAACACUGAACCGGAUACCGCUUUGGUCCCCGACAAGCUCUCUAAACUCAGACAAAGGUUUAGUGUGAGCUCAGCCAGGUCCGAGAGCCCAGAACCACCGAGCCAAAAGAACUCUGUUAGCACACCAGUCAACCCCUUACCUAAACCCAAACGCACUUUUGAAUACGACGCCAAUCGAGACCAGAAGGGUGCAUCGUCGACCAAUGGACUACCUCCAGACAGAGCCUCCGAGUCUCCGCCGCCGCUGCCCUCAACCCCUGCGCCCAGCACGACACGAACGGCAAAGACCGAAGGAAGCGCCCCCAUCAGAAUCCAGGACAGAGAGUCGUGUGAGUCGGAGGAUGCUGCCAGCUUGCCGUCUUCAUAUCCGUCCUCGCCCACGGAGAAUGGCGCACUGACCACAGACGCACGGAGCCGACCCAAUUCCAAAAGCACUUUAGAGGAGAAUGCCUAUGAGGACAUAGUAGAGAAGGAGAAUCCAUAUGAGGACGUCGACCUGAAGCGGCGGAGUUUGGGCCGGACGUCUCGUCUUUUGGAGAACAACCGCUCUUGGUCCGUCAUGGACAGGAAGCUGAACUCUCCGCCUCAGCUGCCUUCCAAACCCAGUAGUCAGUCCCUUCACUUGCCUGCUCCGAGCGACAGGAAAAGCCAUCGGAUGUCGCAGCUGACCAAACGCUACAGCCACGACGAAAUGCUGCUUCUCCCCCAGAUAGGUGUAUCACCUUCACCUUGCGGCCUGCUGGAUGAUAGCCUCUGUAGCACAACCGAUACCCUGGCCUCACACAGGCACUGGAGGAUCCCCAAGCUGGUCCAGAGGAUCAACUCCAUUUACUGCACUAAACGUGGGAAGAAGAGGUUGAAGAAGCUUUCCAUGUCCAAUGUUGAGACUGCAUCUCUGAGAGAUUUCAUUCUCUACAAAAAACUGAAAAUUUUGCGUGUAUUAUGUUUGCCCCGUUUCUCAGCUCACACCCAGAGGUUAUUAAAGUUACAGUCCAUCCUGCGACGAGCCCCGAGCUAUCGAACACUGGAGCUGCAGCUCAUCGAGUGGCAGGAGAGGGAACUUUUUGAGUACUUUGUGGUUGUUUCUCUGAAAAAGAAACCCAGCAAGAACUCCUACUCCCCAGAGGUCACCUACCAAUUCCCCAAGCUGGAUAGGCCCACCAAGCAGAUGAGGGAGGCAGAACAGAGGCUCAAAGCCAUUCCCCAGUUCUGUUUCCCAGAUGCCAAAGACUGGAGUCCGGUCUCAGAGUACAACAGCGAGACCUUCUCCUUCAUGUUGACUGGGGAGGACGGCAGCAGGAGGUUUGGGUACUGCAGGCGCCUGCUGCCGACUGGGAAAGGACCUCGCCUUCCUGAGGUGUACUGUGUCAUCAGCAGGCUGGGCUGUUUUGACUUGUUCUCUACAAUCCUGGAUGAGGUAGAGAGACGGAGAGGCAUCUCAGCAGCUCUGGUCUAUCCCUUCAUGAGGAGUCUGAUGGAGUCCCCCUUUCCCGCUCCAGGGAAGAUCAUCAAAGUAAAAACCUUCCUUCCCGGUGCAGGAAAUGAGGUCAUUGAGUUGAGGCGGCCCACCGAUUCCCGACUGGAGCACGUGGACUUUGAAAGUCUGUUCAAAUGUCUCAGCGUGCGGCAGGUGAUUCGCGUCUUUGCCUCGCUGCUGCUGGAGCGGAGAGUCAUCUUUGUGGCUGAUAAACUCAGCACCCUGUCCAGCUGCAUGCAUGCUGUGGUGGCGCUCCUCUACCCCUUCUCCUGGCAACACACCUUCAUCCCGGUGCUGCCAGGGUCCAUGCUGGAUAUCGUCUGCUGUCCCACUCCCUUCCUGGUGGGGCUGCUAUCCAGCUCGAUGCCUAAACUCAAAGAGCUGCCUGUAGAAGAGGCUUUAUUGGUCGACCUGGAAACUGACCGCUUCAUUAGACAGAUGGAUGACGAGGCAUCGCUGUUGCCGCGGAAACUUCAAGCAGCUCUCGAGCAAGCGCUGGAGCAGCGGAAUGACAUCAUCAAUCAGGACUCAGACAGUGAGUCAGACGAAGAGUAUAACUCCCUGAACAGCCUGGUGUCAGAGGCGUUCAUCCGCUUCUUCCUGGAGACCAUUGGACAUUACUCCCUGUUUAUCACUCAGAAUGAGCGCGGGGAGCGCAUUUUCCAAAGAGAGGCCUUCCGCAAAUCAGUGGCAUCGAAGAGCAUCCGCCGUUUCCUGGGAGUCUUCAUGGAGUCUCAGAUGUUUGCAGGGUUCAUCCAAGACCGGGAGCUCAGAAAGACACGAGCUAAAGGUCUGUUUGAGCAGCGGGUAGAUCAAUAUUUGGAGGAGCUGCCAGACACAGAGCAGAGUGGAGUCAACAAGUUCCUCAGAGGCCUUGGAAGUAAAAUGAAGUUUCUCCACAAAAAGAACUGAGGAGAAGACCUGAUCUUUCAAGUCUCUGCGUCAAGACGACUCCCAUUUUCCUCCUUUGUUUUGUUUUAAAUGUUCUAAAAGCAUGUACAUAUUAUUUCACUGUAAGCUGUGAUACUCUUCAGCCUAUGUUUAUAGUAUGAGAUAGCAAUAGCAGGACGGUACACAGCAAGUGAGUCGUAGAGUAACCACUGAUGUCUAGUCGUGCUUGUGAAGAGUGUUAUCGGAGUGUGUGAGUGUAUGUGACUUGAAAUGGGUUGCAGGUGGGCGUAGAUGUACAGAUAUGUUUUACUUUUUGCAUUAUUUUACGACAGUGUUUUUCUCUGUUUGACCUAAAGCUUAUUCAAAAACUGUACAUGCAAUACAAUGAAGAAAAUGGUUUGAACUCUUCCUGGAGAUUUUUACAGUCUUUUAUUAAAAGUGAUCAUUAAAAUUGUUUCAGUGCCCGAG